GCGUUCAGAUCUAUAGCUCCAAGGAUAACGCACGUGAACUCAAUAAAAAAAACCGAGCGGGCCACAAUACAAUUAAAAGUUUUGCGCGCGUCAUUUUCAUAGUCCAUCCCACACAUAUAUAUAAAACAGGAUUCCUACAGGAAGUUCAAAACCACCAAGUGAACCCAUUAAUUGAUUUAAUUAAUUUCUGGAAGUACAAAGGAGUGAGUGAAAUUUUACGGUUUUAAAGGAGCAGCGCUUGUGUUUGCUCUUCUAGAAGAAGGACACCAACCAAAACAAACUAAUGCCACGGUUCGCGAUUAGUUGGCUAAUAAGUUACACCACAAAAACCGCAGUACAAUUCCGGAAACAAAAUGUUCCGCCCCAGCCACGCUAUAAACAUCCGUUUGCCUAAAACUAAUUAGGCCAACUAUUCAAGUUACGUUUUGUAGCUGCUCCCCCAAAAAGGACCAACAGGAUGCAUCAGGUACUUAGCUACGAGACGGCAGUGCGGGCCAAUAGCUCCCGCGAAUUCCGCGAAUAUGUCUCCAAGCGCACUUGUACCUCUCUGGUGCUAACGAUUGCCUUUUUCAUGCUAAUAACAGGAUACCUGUUGGGAAAUUUCGUGGCAGAACGGAAAUAUCACAUACGUCAAAUGUCAAAGGGAAUAGUUAAAAUACCGGAUAACGAAAGAUCCGUUCAGAUAAAUAGCGAGGAAUAUAUCAGCUUGCAGGAACUUCAAACAUACCGAAAUGCCAAAAGCAAGUUGCUGGUGGCGGCCAAGUUCCUCGAUAAGUUGCAGCAGCAGGACGAGAGCGAGAGGUACCUGGCCACCUCACUGAACACGGAGAUUUUCAACAAGUACAUAUCCUGCACUCAGGAUAUACCGCCCAACACGAAUAUAGCUGCUAGUCAGUUUAUCGAACAACUUAUUGAUAACACGGUGGCCAGACAGCGGCACUGCAUGGAGAUUAUCCAGGUGGUGAUUAAUAAUCACCUGGCCAAUAGUCAGCUCUAA